AUGGGAGCCGCAGACAACUUCCUUGAGCUCACCAAGGCUCGCAGGUCGAUCUAUGCCUUAGCCAGGGAAAGUACCAUCCCAGACUCGAGAGUCGAAGAGAUCGUCAAGCAUGCUGUGACCUGGGCUCCCUCUACAUACAACGUCCAGUCUGCUCGUGCAGUGGUGCUCUUUGGUGCCGAACACGAGAAAUUGUGGGCAAUUGUCAAGAAGCACAUGGACCAAGUUCCCAUGGAUGAAGGGGUCAAGGGAUAUUUGGCCGGUCGCAUCAACGGCUUUAACAGCAGUUACGGCACUGUGAUGUGGUUUGAGGACCAGGCUGCUCUCGAUGCCCUGGGCGAGAAGAACGCGAUGGUCGUGCCUCUGUUGACUGAAUUCUCUGAUCAUUCAAGUGGUAUGCAUCAAUUCAUCGCCUGGACCGCUCUCGAAGCCGAGGGUCUUGGAUGCAAUCUUCAGCACUUCAACUUUCACCCCGGCAUCGUCGCCGAUGUAAAAUCAACCUGGGAUCUUCCUGAAACCUGGAAGCUCAAGGCUCAGUUGGUAUUUGGCAAGCCGUCGGCAGGCCCCCAUGACAAGACCUUUGAGCCGAUCGAGAAGAGAGUGCUGGUAAAGAAGGCGUAA